AAAUUACAAAAAAGAAUAUUGAACUUUGAUUUUCCAUUUCUUUAGCCAUUGAUGAUCCCUGAGCUUUUAUACUCUUUUGUUCAAAGACAAAGCAAGCAAGCAAACCAGUGUCUUAGUUUUGCAGAUUAGAGCUUUAAAGACGGCAUAUUUAGGGGUACUUUUUGAUGAUUCCAGAAGAUCUUCCUCUCUUUUUUCUCUUUCGAUCGUACUAUUAUUAUAACCUCACGCUUUAGAUUUGUGUUCUGUGUUGUCUUUGUUUCCUUCUAAAAUGAGUCUUCAAGUAUGCUAAAGUAAGCUAAAAAUCUCUUGUCCGAAGCCAUCUUUGUUCUUUUUUUUUUCUUCCCAUGGGUUCCGAUAAUAGUGGUUUGCAAUCUUCAAAUGGUGGCAGCGAAGAGUAUGAUUCACACGUCGAGUCAAUCUCAACUUUUUUAAAUCAUAGUCCAUUGAGCCAUAUAGGACAUAAUCCUUUGGGUAACCAACCGCCGCCGCUGCCGGUGCUAAAGCAACCCCAGAGCAACUCUUCGUCGACUAUGUUCGACCCUUUAUCAUACUUAGAUCAUCACCCUUUAUCAAGAUCGGUCCUUAAUCUCGAUACGAUUUGGUCCAAAAAUCUAAGAUCUGAGCCAAAUUACACCGAUCUUAGUGGGUUCAUGGCUGCCUCAUCGGCGGCACCAACGACUCAACAGCUGUUCACCAACCAACAAUCACAAAGUAGAGCCAGUUUUCCAUUGUUGCAAGUCCCCCAAGGACCAGAAAGUUCGAUCCAAUACCCGGUUUCCGUUACAAAUAGCCAACUAAACAACCAGAGCAGGACGAUGCGUAAUCGGAAGAAGAGAAACAGAGCUUCUAGGCGUGCACCAACAACUGUUAUGACCACAGAUACCACCAAUUUCCGAGCCAUGGUUCAAGAGUUCACCGGGAUGCCCGAGCCACCCUUCACCUCCUCGCCUUUUGAAAGAGCCAGGCUCGAUCUAACCCAUUUCGACCCAUUAACAGCUCCUCAUUAUCUUUUACGACCAUUUGUUCAAAAACUCAGUCCUCCACCUCUUCUUAUCUCAUCAAUGGCUGACGCUAUAGCUUCUAUUUCUAGAACUAACACCAACAGCAGCAACAACAACCCUAGUUCUAGUUCAACUUCCAUUAACUACCAACUACCGUCCGAGUUCGGCCAUUUCAAGCAGACUCAGAAUCUACUCAACAUCAACAUGCAAAACCAGAUUCUUAACUUUCAAUCUCUCCUUCAAACCCCUCCAAAAUACCCACUUUCCGGUUCAAACGAGUCCUUGGAUGUUCCGUCCGAGUUGGGUUUGAGCCAAGGCCAUGCCAAUACCAGCCUCGCCGAGCUUCACAGCACGGUAUCUUCACAGGAACAUGAUCAGAGUCUCCUACGUUCCAUGAACGGGAAAGUGAGAAACUUGUCGUCGUCUCCGUCGGAUUUUCACGGGGAUAAAGGGCCGGAACACGUGGCUUCAAGAAGUGAAGGUAUGGUGGAAUCAUGGAUAUGUUCAUCAGAUUAGGAGUAUCUAAAUAAUUUCAUCAAAGAAAA